AUCGGAAACUUGUCGGGAAAUGUUCCGUCGGGUCAGCCAGGCGUGGCCGCUAAGUACCGGUACCGAUGUCGAGGCUAGUGCCACGUUUGGAUUUUCGACUGGGCGAAAAUGGUGACCAUUUUGAAUACAGUGGAUACCUCACAUGAGGACAUGGUGCAUGAUGCCCAGAUGGACUACUAUGGUAAAAAGCUAGCCACUUGUUCAUCAGACAAGACAAUAAGGAUAUUUGAAACAACUGGACAACAACAAACACUGGUUGCUACUUUACGAGGGCAUGACGGUCCCGUCUGGCAGGUCAGCUGGUCCCAUCCCAUGUUUGGAAAUCUACUGGCAUCCUGUUCUUAUGAUAGAAAGGUUAUAAUAUGGAAAGAGUCUAGCAGUGGAUGGGUGAAGCUACAAGAGUUUUGUAACCAUGAUUCUUCAGUGAACUCAAUUUGUUGGGCUCCCCAUGAAUAUGGCCUGAUGCUGGCUUGUGGGGCAUCUGAUGGGUCUGUCUCUAUUAUCUCCAGUCCAGGCGAUGGAACUUGGGAGACAAAGAAGAUAAGCAAUGCUCAUACGAUUGGCUGUAAUGCUGUCAGUUGGGCUCCUGCAGUCACACCAGGAUCAAUAUUAGAGCACCCUGCAUCGAAAUCUUCAAAUCUAGAGAAGAGAUUUGUCACUGGGGGAUGUGAUAACCUUGUUAAAAUUUGGAGAGAGACUGGAGGCCAGUGGGUGGAAGAACAGAAGCUUGAGGCUCAUAGUGACUGGGUGCGGGAUGUCGCUUGGGCACCCAAUGUAGGGCUGCCGACAUCAACAAUAGCAAGCUGCUCACAGGACUGUCGGGUGAUUAUAUGGAGUAGGAAUGAGGAGGAAGGAGAAGGCUGGUCAUCCAAAGUGCUAAAGAAAUUUAAUGAUGUUGUAUGGCAUGUUAGCUGGUCUGUAACCGGAAACAUUCUCGCUGUCUCUGGAGGAGAUAACAAGGUUAGCUUAUGGAAAGAGUCACUCGAGGGCCAGUGGGUGUGUGUCAGCGACGUGGACAAGGGUCAUGGCCAGGACCCCAUAGAGUAGAUGAGCACUUUAUUAAAAUUCCUCCAUAUACAAUAUCAUAUCGCCGAGUGGAUGAUACAAGGGAACGUUUGAGCGGCGCAGAGGCAGAUUUUAGGGGCUGGUGAUCCAAAAGCAGACAUUACAGGACACUCAUCUCUUUAUUGACGAAUGUGCUGAGUAUCACACAAGUGGAUCCGCCUUUAUAAACGGCCGUGGGACGGGCACAAGAUUGCUCGUAUGAAUUAAAGGACUUCUCCCUUCGCAUUUGGCUGUAGACUUUAACUUACUUCUUAGGUUACGCUAUUGCUAUCAGUCAGACAUUGAUUCAAGCAACAUAACACGAGUGUGCGCUAGGAACAUAUCGGCAUAAUGACAGAAGGCAACGCACACUUGUUGUGUCGAUGUGUCGCUGGUGGCUUAGCGUUCUUUCAUGUUUAAAGUGUUCUUUCCACAUUGCAUUAUACCUAGACUAUUUCAUGUACAACACAAUAAAUCAAUCUUGCGUGAGGGCGGUUCGCGAUACAGCCUUGGGGCGGAAUGCAUCUUUCUCUUGCUCAAGCCGUAAGACUUCACGCGGGCAAGUUCGUGCGGGAGUGACAAAAGUCAACUGUGUUUUGCGUGAUCUAGGAAAUACACAGAAUUCUGAACCUAAUGUAUUAUAGAUAAGAAGUUUACAUAAUAAUAAAAGAAAUGAUACAUA